AUGCCCUCUCGCUGUAGGACUGCGCUGCAUAUCGUGACGACCACCCUCUUCGCCGCUGUGGUCCUGUUCGGGAUCCUGAUGGCCUACGUGACUGGCUACCAGUUCAUCCACACAGAGCAGCACCACCUGUCUUUCGGCCUGUACGGAGCCACCCUGUCUCUGCACCUCUUCCUCCAGAGCCUGUUUGCCUUCCUGGAGCACAGACACAUGCGCAGCUCCGCCCGGCCCCAGCACCUGCGGCGCUCCGUGGCCCUGUGCAUCGCUGCCUACCAGGAGGACCCAGACUACCUGAGGAAGUGCCUCCGCAGCGUGCGCCGCAUCUCUUUCCCCGGCCUGAAGGUGGUGCUGGUGGUGGACGGGAACAGGCCGGAGGACGGCUACAUGAUGGACAUCUUCCAGGAGGUGAUGGGUGGAGAGGACCAGGCCGGCAGCGUGGUGUGGAAGGGGAACUACCACAGUGACGGGGGCGGGGGUGGAGGGGUGGGCGGAGGGGGGGCCAGAUCAGCGUCCCUGCAUGCGGAGGAGACUGCACAUGUGGCCAGGCUGGUGAGGAACUGCCGCUACUCCUGUAUCAUGCAGGAGUGGGGAGGGAAGAGAGAGGUGAUGUACACAGCUUUCAAAGCCCUGGGAGACUCUGUGGACUAUAUGCAGGUAAGUCUCUCUCAGUGGUUGAAUUUUGUAUCAGUGUGUCCUCUGUCCUGCUUGAUAGAAAUAGGUAAUCUAAUCUCGUUGUUUUGAUGCUCUUCCAUUAGAGAACAAUAUCUCAAAGCUGCGAACACGUACACACUUGCACACACACACACACACACACACACACACACACACACACACAUCCUUUUAUACCCUUUCAGGUAUUACAUAUUAUAGCAACUGAUUGACAUUUCUGUAUUACUCCUGGGCUUGUGGAUUGUUACAAAAACAAAGAUGCAUAUUGAGCCAUACACAGUGCAUUACUGCAUUGUCAGGGUCAAAGUUCAGUUGUUCAGCUGACCCUCACCUGUGUGCUUCUGGAACACCUGUGUGCUGUCAGCAGUCUCUCAUUUCUCGCAGGUAACUUGACUGGCAUCUGAUAAAACAGUGGACCUAAAACACCUGCCGUGGCCCUAGGCUGCCGUCUUGAGUAUUUCUCACUCAUCAAUAGACAGUUAAUCACUCAUUUGUUAUUUUUAUUUUUUAUUUUUUGGUCAUUUAGCAGACGCUCUUAUCCAGAGCGACUUACAGGAGCAAUUAGGGUUAAGUGCCUUGCUUAAGGGCACAUCGACAGAUUUUUCACCUAGUCUGCUCGGGGAUUAGAACCAGCGACCUUUCGGUUACUGGCACAACGCUCUUACCCACUAAGCUCCCUGCCGCCCCGGGGAGCUUAGUGGACCACAUCAGUGUGUAUUGUAGACAUACUGUAUGAUCCCAACAGCUAUCAUAACAUGAAUAGUAAGAUCAAUAGCCUAUUGUGUGAUGGAUAAGAAAAUUAGAUUCAUCCACUGUCAAAAGCAAAUCACAUCACCACCAACUUGGCUUAAUGUCAGUUCUAUUAUAAGGAUAGAAAUAAGGCACCCAUGUGUGUGCCAUCGCAGGUGUGUGACUCAGACACAGUUCUGGACCCAGCGUGCACCAUAGAGAUGCUGAAGAUUCUAGAAGAGGAUGCAAAGGUGGGGGGAGUAGGUGGAGAUGUUCAGGUGAGAGACUUCUUUCUCUAAGAAGACCCUUCACAUUGGUGUUUUUGUCUUCCUUCCUGUACUAGUACACUGAAUCAAUCAUCAGUAACAGUUUCUCCUCUUUCUGUUUCCCUUCAGAUCCUGAAUAAGUAUGACUCGUGGAUCUCCUUCCUGAGCAGUGUGCGUUACUGGAUGGCCUUCAACGUGGAGCGGGCCUGCCAGUCCUACUUUGGCUGUGUGCAGUGUAUCAGUGGUCCCCUGGGCAUGUACCGCAACUCUCUCCUGCAGCAGUUCCUGGAGCCCUGGUAUGACCAGACCUUCUUGGGCAGCAAGUGCAGCUUCGGUGACGACCGCCACCUCACCAACCGCGUGCUCAGCUUCGGCUACAAGACCAAGUUCACCGCUCGCGCCCAGUGCCAGACUGAAACACCAACGCGCUACCUCCGCUGGCUCAACCAACAGACCCGCUGGAGCAAGUCCUACUUCAGGGAGUGGCUGUACAACGCUCUCUGGUUCCACAAGCACAGCCUCUGGAUGACCUACGAGUCUGUGGUGACAGGCUUCUUUCCCUUCUUCCUGGUUGCCACAGUGAUCCACCUGUUCUACCGUGGGCGCCUGUGGAACAUCCUUCUCUUCCUGUUGACAGUGCAGCUGGUUGGCAUGGUGAAGGCUACCUACGCCUGCUUUCUGAGGGGCAGUCUGGUCAUGAUCUUCAUGUCUCUCUACUCCCUCCUCUACAUGUCCAGCCUGCUGCCAGCCAAAAUCUUUGCCCUGCUCACUAUCAACAAGGCUGGCUGGGGCACGUCAGGGCGGAGGAAGAUUGUGGUGAACUUAAUUGGUGCAGUGCCUGUCACGGUGUGGGGUGCUGUGCUGCUGGGUGGGGUGGCAUACACCAUCUACUGUGAGACCCAGGAGCCCUUCAGUGAGACAGAGAAAGCCCUGCUCAUUGCUGGGGCCAUCCUGUAUGCCUGCUACUGGAUUAUCCUGCUGGUUCUUUACCUGGCUAUAGUGGCCAAACGCUGCAACAAGAGGGAGGAGCAAUACCACCUGCCGUAUGCAGAGGCAUAA